GUUGGGAUUUCGACGGGUUAACACACAAGUGCCACGACGAGAUGGCGAAUACGGGGAUAUUUGCGUUUCUGAUCAUUUGCUAUGCUACGAUGCAGUGUUCUUGUCAGUUAUUCCAGUACAAUAUGUCGGAAUACUGGCAGAUGCCUCCUUUGUAUCAGUACGAUAAUAUGGAUGUGUGUCUCAGGUCGAAAUCCUCGGCAGCAUUUUGUGUGGUGAAGACUCUGGUGAAGCCCGACAAUCGUUCAGAGCUAUGGGGAAUCAUACAAAGAUACUCCAAAUAUGCUUUCCAGUAUAAUCACGCUCUCCUCACCAGAGGUGUGUGCUUGGAAGAUUGCAUGGCAUUAACGAAUUCGAUGGAUACGCACCAAAAAGAACUUUACUAUCAGCGCAAGUUUGAUAUAAACUAUAAGUACAUCGUCGACGACAGGUUGCUUCCGAAUAUAGAUUCAUAUCGACAGCAGUUCGGAGAUGAUAUCAACGUGUGUGAAAAUUACAAACUUCAAACAUCUUACAACUUGUCCGCAUACUCGGAGAUUGAGUAUUGUUACACGAAUGAAACGCUUUUCAGGAAAAUAGAUUUCUUGGACGUCUUAUUCUACGUUGUCGUGAUUGCCCUUGUAUUACUGGGAAUAUUCAGCUCGUAUUAUGAUGCCAAAAUAGCCAAAACGGGAGAUGAAUAUUAUUUCAAAAGACCCCUACACGAUAAGAAAUCCAACAUCCUUACUGCCUUCUCGAUCCGGAGGAACGUCGAGCGAUUGACGAUGGCACCCGAAGAUAAUCAUUUGCAGCAAGAUCUAGGUUUUUUGGAUGCUCUGAGGACGCUCACAAUGACGGUUGUAAUGGUAUCGCACAUUUUUAUUGGCGAACGAAUGGUGGCGAAGAGUAAUCCAGAAGCGGUUGAGAUUGCAGAUUCCAGUGCAGCAAUGGAAAUCAUUGCAGCCAUAUGUCCAUUCACGGUGAAUGUCUUUUUCGCUAUCAGUGGGCUCCUGUUAGCAGUUUUCUUCGUAAAACUGACUUUGAAAAAGCGAUUCAAUCUGAGCUAUUUCUGGCUUGGAUUGGUUAAUCGUUACCUCCGAACGUUUCCAGUCUACGCGGUUGUUAUGCUUUUUACCGUAUCCGUCUAUGAUCGGUUGCUGUGGAGUCCUUCUGGAUACAACUGGAUGCCACUCUCGAGGUCACUUUGUCGAGCCAAGUGGUGGAUAAACUUUCUUUUCAUCAACAAUUACUACCAACCGGAGGAAAUAUGUUUGAUUCAUACCUGGUAUCUGGCAGCAGACUUCCAACUGUUCAUGGUCGGUUUAAUCGCUCUUAUGGUCAUAUGGCGAUUUCCUCGAAGCUUGAAGUGGAUCGUAGGAGCACUAUUGGGGAUGGGAUUUAUUUUCCCUGCUGUGAGGGUUUACAUGUAUUCGUUCAACGCUAUGAUGUUGAUAUCGAAUAAAGGACAUGCAAGACGCCUCUGGUAUGAGGAUAGGUACAUCAACUUCUAUCAAACAACCGACGCACACUGCGCAAGUUAUUUUUCAGGAUUGUUUGUAGGACUGUUGUACCACAAAGUUAGAGAAAACAGUCAAAUUCUCACUAAUUCAAAGAUUUUUACAGUCUUGCGGUACGCAAGUAUCCCCCUACUGAUCGCUUUCUUUCUACCGGCACCUGUGUUCCAUCAUUUGAACCUCCCCAAGCCCUCGCUUUCCAUGGCGAUCUAUGCUGGUCUCCAUCGGUGGGUGUUUGGCACCGGGGUAGCUGUUGUCUUUCUUCUCUACAUGUUCGGAGAUUCCGAUUCGAUUCUAGGGGCCCUGCGCAGUUCGAAGAUUCUGCAGUCCACGUUUAUCCGGGUUUGUGGUAGAUUGAGUUUCAGCUUCUACCUAAUUCAUAUGAGUAUCCUGGAAGCGAUCAUGGCCAAUCAUCACGAGGCUGCACGAGUAUCGGCUGGGAUGACGCUCUCGAUAUUUUGCUCAGCAACUUCACUCACAGCAUUUGUCUCGUUUCUGGCAUUCAUUUUCAUCGAGAAACCAUGCGACGUUAUAUUUAAACAGUUGCUUUCUGGAGACAGCAGAGAUAAGACAACGCAAUCCGCCAAUGGAACAAACGGUUUUACGACCAUUCAAAUCAACCUGAACCAACCGGAUCUCACGCGUCAAACAAGGCUCUGAUCGUUCCGUGCAUUUGUAGUAUAUUUUCUACGCUAAGGAGUAUGUAUCAUAGUGUUUCGAUAAAUUUGCAAUAA